CUCCUAUUUUACAUGGUAACAUUCGGUACUCAUGAAUGAUAAUACAUAUCAACUUGGAUUUGCUUUCCUGUUAACUGGUUUGCUAGGCUUGUGGUUACACACUAAGAACAUUUCACGGUUAACGAAGAUAAGUUCUAUUUUACCCGAUGGUUUGAAAAAGUUUCAUUAUCAUUUGGUUGCGGCUUGUUUGGGUAGCAUUGCAAUGACACCUUUUAGUGCAAUCGGUGUUUAUCAAAAAGGAUGGUCUUUUGGUCAUUUUGGCUGUCAGUCAUAUGCAUUUGCUGGAAUGUUUUUUGGAAUGACAUCAAUUUAUUUGUCAUGUUUUAUCUGUUUCUUCACUAUGGUUGAAAUAUUGAACUUAACCUAUAUCCGUCAUUUCAUAUCUAAUCAAUAUAAUUACAUUCCUUUUGGAAUUUGGAUGAUCGGUGCAUUGUGGGCUAUUCUACCACUCUAUGGAUAUGGGAGAUAUACAUUAGAACCUCAUAAAACAUCAUGUCUAUUGGACUGGACUAAUAUGGAUAAGAGCAUGAAAUUGUAUAUGUUUUCACUAAUUAUAUUUGGUUAUGUACUUCCAUUCGGUAUCGGUAUUUGGUCACAAUAUAAACUGAUACAGCAUACAGUAUCGGAUGAAAAUAAAAAUAAGAAAAAGAACACUACAAAGAUUGAGAUUCUUAUAAAGCUGAAUAAUUCAAUCUUAUUAUUCAAUAUAUUUGGUUGGUUAUCAUAUGGUCUAUUAGCCAUUAAUUCAUUAAUAUCUGGACAAAUAACAUUGAAUCCAUUUACAUAUUGUAUACCACAACUUCUUGCAAAAAUUUCUCAAGCAUUUUUACCUAUAGCUUAUAAAAUUCAUUUGAAUAAUACAACACAAAGUUUAUUAUCAUUAAAUACAGAUUAUAUAACUAUGAUGGAUUAUCCAAUACGUAUGUGUGGUAAUGAAUUUUUAAAAAAUCUUAAACGUGUUUGUUCUAUACGUGGAAUAUAUACACCAAUUAAUCGUUUAAAAAGAUCAUCCUUCUCCUCCUCAUCCUCAUCCUCCUCCUCCUCCUCCUCCUCCUCCUCAUCAUCAUCAUCAUCAGAACAAUAUUCUAUAAGAAAGAAAUUAAAAAAAUAUGAAAGCAUUAUUAUGACAAUCAUUACUCCUCCUCCUCCUCCUCCUCCUCCUCCUCCUCCUACUACUACUACUACUACUACUACUACUACUACUACUACUACUACUACUACUACUACUACUACUACUACUACUACUACUACUACUACUACUACUACUACUACUACUACUACUACUACUACUACUACUACUACUACUACGGCAAGACUAUAA